AUGACGGAUUCGAGCGAUUCUAAUGAGGUCGUCUUUGCCUUCUAUCGCUACGACCCCAGCAUGGGCGCCGCCGUGCUUUUCACCCUCCUUUUCAUAGGCACGACUGGGUAUCAUGUUUUUCAAAUGUUCAAGAGUCACACGUGGUUUUUCAUUCCUUUUGUCAUUGGUGGCAUAUUCGAAAUUAUCGGAUAUAUCGGACGUGCCAUGUCCAGCAAACAGACCCCAGAUUGGACACUUGGACCGUAUGUCGUGCAGACGCUGUGUCUUUUGCUGGCUCCGGCCCUCCUGGCGGCCUCGGUAUAUAUGCUUCUUGGUCGCAUUAUCCUGUUGUUACAAGCCGAACCGCAUGCCCUGUUGCGGAGGAAAUGGUUGACUAAGAUAUUUGUAACGGGCGAUGUGCUCUCAUUCUUACUGCAAGGAGCCGGUGGGGGCAUUCAGAGCAGUGGAAGUUUAGAGAACAUGAAGAACGGCGAGCACAUCAUCGUCGUCGGCCUCUUCGUUCAAAUCUUUUUCUUUGGGUUUUUCAUCAUCACAGCAAGCCACUUUUACUGGAAGCUCAAGAAAUAUCCGAUCCCACGCGCUUGUACCUCGGACAUUCCCUGGAGCAAACACCUACAUGUUCUUUAUUUGGCGAGCUUCUUGAUCAUGAUCCGCUCCGUUUUCCGACUGGCUGAAUACAUUCAAGGAAAUAACGGAUACCUCCUACACUACGAGAUCUACUUAUAUAUUUUCGAUGCAGUACUGAUGUUCAUCACGAUGGUCACCUUCAAUGUUGUGCAUCCUUGCGAAAUUGCCCAGCUACUGAGACGUGCCUCCGAUUAUGAAUUGACUCGCCCGUCAGCUAAUAAGCCAUACGAAAGGUCCCUGGUGGGGUGA